GGUUGCUAUCCGGUGUGUCAACCUUUGUGUGGGUGGAGAGACUUUUCUCUACUUCACUGCAUGUCUUUAUUUUCUUUAGUCUGAAAUACCAAACAAACCUGCUACACUACGUUAGGCAACAUAGUUUUACACCAGUUGAUAAAUGUUUAUUAGAAUGGCAUGCAUACAUUGUUUCAUUCAGUCUAGGUGGAGACUGUUGCACACCUGCCAGUAGACAGUAGGAGACUGCUUUCUUGUGUAGAGGUGUGACAUCUGAGGGAAGCUACACAAGAACACAAGGGGAUAUCUCGCUCUCUCCUCCUGCGACUCCUGGACCCUGUUCUCUGGCUCAGGUCCAGCCUGGUCCACUCCACCCACCACCCUCCUCUGUCUCGGACCACCGGCCCCCGCCCAGCCCACUGCCAGUUAGCCCAGCAGAGCCUCUGGCCACGUCUCAAAACAACGCUUUGUACACAAACGGACAGUGGAGGGGGCCGAGCAGCUGCUGGCGGAGCACGGAGCUGAGGAAAGGAAAGGACCGCGGGGUGGGGGGACAGAGAGCGCUCUGUCGACACGCAGCACGACCGAAAACAAAGUUAAAGACCUGUCUUUUCUACGGCAGAGUCCACAAGUCGAUCAAGCACCAGAGACCAGCUGUGGAGCCGGAGCCAUCAUGCCCCGCUGCAGUUUGAACCUCGCCACCAUGAUUUUCCUGGUGAUUGUGCAGGGGACGGUAGUGGUGCUGUUCUAUAGCUGGUAUAGCCAGCUCAGUCUCGGUCCCUGCAGCUCUGCCUCCUCCAAUGGCAAAGUUCACGUUCUGCUGCUGUCGUCGUGGCGAUCAGGCUCGUCCUUCCUGGGUCAGGUGUUCAGUCAGCACCCGUCUGUCUUCUAUCUCAUGGAGCCCGCUUGGCAUCUGUGGACCAAACUUAACAAACCCAGUGCGCGGGUGCUCCGAAUGGCCACGAGGGAUGUAUUACGGAGCGUAUUCCAGUGUGACUUUUCAGUGAUGGAUGCCUACCUGCCAGAGCAGCACAAUGUGUCCUCCUUGUUUAUGUGGAGUCACAGUCGAGCUCUGUGCUCACCACCGGCCUGUCCUCUCACGCCACGCAACCAGUUCAGUAACCAGACUCUGUGCUUUAAGAAAUGUGAUUCGAGGGGUUUAAAGCAGGUGCAGCAGGCCUGUGGCACUUACAGUCAUGUGGUAUUAAAAGAAGUACGAUUCUUUGAGCUGGAAUCCCUCUACCCGCUCUUGCAGGACCCUAGCCUAGAUCUCCGCAUCAUCCACCUGGUACGAGACCCUCGGGCAGUGGUGCGGUCUAGAGAGGCGUCAGCCAAAGCCUUUGAGAAUGAUAACGCCAUCGUCUUGAACCAGAGAAACGUACCAGCAGCCGAGGUGCAGUAUCAAGUCAUGCAGGAGAUCUGCCGUAGCCACGUGCGCAUCAAUGAGAGGGCCCAUCUGAAGCCUCCUCCAUUUCUGAAAGACCGCUACAAAAUGGUCCGCUAUGAGGACAUAGUACGUGACCCACAUGGGGAGAUAAAUGACUUGUAUAAGUUUGUAGGUCUGGAAAUUACAUCACAAUUGUCUGAAUGGAUCUACAAGGUGACCCAUGGAAAAGGCAAAGGCUCCAAGACAGAGGCCUUUAAAAUCACUUCACGAGAUGCUGCUGUUGUCUCCGAGGCUUGGCGAAGCAUGUUGUCAUACAGCAAGGUCAAACGUGUCCAGGAAGUGUGUAAAGGGGCCAUGAAAUUGCUUGGGUACAGGAUGGUUAACAAUGUAAAAGAACAGAAGAGAUUUGAAUUAGAUUUACUAGUGCCACGAAAACAGUAUCAGUUCAGCUGGUUGCCAGCUAACACAAAGGAUCCAAGUAAGAGUUAAAUCAUGAGUGACAAAGACAGUAACACCAAGAGACUACAUUGGACUAAAGUUUAUAUUCUUUACGAUACAUGUGCCGGACGAUUCAGUACAGGACAUUCAGUUCAGUAGGCGACUGCCUCUGUUCGGUACACGCUGUGGCCCAAGCUAUUAGUGUCAGUACAGUGUGUUUAUUACUACUUCUCGCACGUGCAGAAGAGAAAUCCUAGAGCUCAAGUAUUUAUGGGCUGUGUAAGUCUUCAAUGGGAGCUACCACAGACUGAUUCAUAAACUGAGGAAGCACUGGCAUGAUGUCUAAGGGUGAAGCACUGUUAUACAUAAUAUAUUUCUUACAGAGGGAGGGGCAUCUCUUUUCAAAGGUAUUUGCAAUUUGGCAAUGUUCAUUUGUGUUUGUGAACCAGCGAUAGUCUUAAUUUGCAUGGCCACGCAUGCAAACGAUUUGGUUGGAAACGUAACGUAUUUUUGACCAGCACUGUUAAAUAGCUCUCUACGUUGUGUGCACAGUUUGUGAAUCCUGUGGGCUCAUUUUGGACAUCUGUGUGUAUCAGAGAGGACUUAUAUCGUGUGGAUGUGCUGCCAUCAGUCAGUGUGUACCAGAGAACUAAUGUGAAUUCACUACAUUUGAGUUGUAUUAUGCUGAGCAUCUUGUCAGUCUAGAUAAAUAUUGUUUUGGAUAGAGAACGUGUGGCAGUGAUUAAGGAUCAAAGCAUGUAGUCAAUAGUAGAAUGUUAAAUCAUGAGCUUAAUAGUUAGUAUUCAGAUUCUCUUAGUGCUUUCUGUUAAGAAAUGAUCAAUCCUCAUUUUAGAGAAAAAUGUCAAAGCAUCAAGGCAGUUUCUGACAUAAACAUAAACUUGAGCCAUUCAUUUUAUUUUGCAUGUGCAGCACAAAUGUUCUGAUUGAAACCAUGUCUACUUUCCCCUUGUACAAUGUUACAUGACCAAACAAUGUCAGUAUACAAGACAUCAACGAUGAGUGGCAAAUGACGAUGAAAGAGAGGUGUACUCUUUCCAAAUUUUUCCAAUUUAGAAACUUAAAGCUGCGCUAAUUCAAAGGCGCAGAGAAUUAUGCAUUUCCCCUCACUUUACUGUACAGAGUUAAAUAUAAGAAUGUCCAGAGCAUUAGUGUGUUACAAUGCCAUUUGACAUUUUGAAGUGUUGGCUGUUGUUUGGCUUCACCAGACACAGCUGGCUAAUGAGUAGCUGAUAGCAGUUUGCAGCUACUGUAUUGUAUUCCAUAAGAAAUGCUGACUGGGAUGAAAUGGUACUUUAAGCAAAAUUAAGCAUUAGAUUCAAAUUUAACAUCAUACAGUAUGUCUACUGUGUUGAAUGGGUACUUGUGAGAUCAAUCCGUGCACAAUAGGAAAGUUGAAGAAAAUGAAGAGUCUUUGCCGUUUGACUCCGUCGUGACGUCGUAUUUUUAGGGGGCAGUGGCGCUGUGAGCUACCCGAGAGUGUGAAUACCAAGUAGAAUAAACAUGAAGACAGUUACUCUCCCGAUUGAAGUCACAGUAAACUUUAUUAGGAGUUAGUAUCGCUGUAGAUGAGACACAUGGAGCAGAUGGAACUGGGUGUUCACUGAGUACAGUGUUGUCUCAGUAGACAGACUGUUUUACUGCGUGCUGACCUGUUAGGUAUGCCACCAUAUGCAUUAAUCAAUAUCCGUUCAGCUCUGUGGUGUUGAAAAAGGUUGUGCAUUUAUAGAUAACCAGCAAUCAACAGUUUUUAUUGUCCUUGGUGGUAAUGACAAAAUGAAAAACACACUUGAGUGAUUUUAGGGCUCCUUUCACUCCUUUAAGGGUCACAUUGGUGUCUAUGCAUGUUUCAUCCCAUUUACCACAAAUUACGUACUAUUUGAAUGGAGUUUUGAAUGUGUUUACCUGUAAGGCAAUAAUUGCUUACUUUUUGUUUGCUUUCAAAUCAGCCUACUCUUUCAGCUGCAAAAUAUAUUGUAAUAUAAUUUAAAAUAUUGUAAAGUUCUGUAUUAUGGAGUAUUAUGGUCCCGCCUGUCAAACUUUGUUUGAUACUUAUCUGAUAUGAAUGAAUGUUUUGCAAAAAGUCAGUGAUUUCAUGAAGUGCUUGAACAUGUGUACCUUUGCAAUGUGAAAGAUAUGGAACAGUGUGUUUUCACCAGAGCCAUGUCACAGAAAUAGAAAUCUUGAUGUAACGCCAAGUAUCUGUAACAGACUUAACCUGUUAGAGAAUGAUUUUCCUUAAAGCUGCUUCCUCCUCCUGACGCAGAGGCUGGGCACGCCAUUGAGCGGCAAACCAUGUCUUUCUGUUCUGUUUGUAUAAGGGGCCAGUUGACAAUGCUUGUUUAGCAGACAGACCUGCCAGUCUGUUCUUAUAUUUAUGUGAAGAUGACUUAUGAAGCAGAAACUAUAUAGCACUAAUGACUGGAAUAAAUAUGUACAUGUAACCUUUGGCUACUUUUAUUUGGUUGCCUUUAACUGAAAGCUAGUUAGAAACCUGCCUUCACAAUGUUUGGAAGAAAAUAAGAAUUUCUCAGCAGUACAUAAUUUAUGUUGUGGCGCCCUCUAUUGGCUGAGUCCAGUCUUGCAUCUCCACUUAAUAUUUAUUGGAAGUCUAUUCUGAUCUAACAAACCAAUAGUCAUUGCAGAAGGAUUCUGUAAAAAAAAGGUUUUAUAUAAUUAGUAUGGAACGAUGCAUUAGUUUUGUAUUACAUUAAAAUAAAGUUUUAACCACACUCACA